CAUGGCGGCUGUGGAAGAGCCUACAGGUGGAAAUUCAAGAUUGAGUACCAAGGAAAAAAUUGAGCGAGGAGUCGCUCUUAAAGCGGUGGGGAACGAUUAUUUCAAGAAAAAGGACUACAGGAAUGCAAUGAAAAGUUAUCAUAAGGCAUUACUGCACGUGAAAGGGCUUAUCGAUCAACCGUUUCUAAUUGGAAUGGAGUCGAUCGUCAAAGACAUUGCUGACGAAGAUAAAGAAACAAUUUUCCAAGUCCAGUUUAGCUGCUACAACAACUUAGCCGCUUGUUUACUCAAAGACAGUCGCUGGGAUCGGACAGUACACAACUGCAAUGAGGCCCUAAAGAUUCAACCAUCGAAUGCCAAAGCCUUGUUUAGACGAGGCCAAUCCUACUUUCAUCUGAAAGACUUUGAGAAAGCAGAAAGAGACUUAAGAGCUGCAGAAGAGUUGGAACCUGAAGAUUCAAGUAUAAAGAAAAUGUUGGCAUCUCUGGAUGAGGAGUUGAAGAAGAUAAGAGAAAGAGAGAAAAAGAUCUAUGCAGGAAUGUUUGAUAGGCAUACCAAACCAGAAUAGAAAUUUUUUGUCAAAAGUUUUCAUAAAUGCAGUGUUUGAUAACAUUCCAUGAACUGUAUAUACUAUUAUGGCUACAAAGACCUAUUUUUAAAAAAAAAAAGUAUUUAAAGUUGCGAAGUCUUUCAAUUUUUCUAAUUUUCAUUAUUAAAGAUCAUUAUUUGGAUCCGAA